AUGACCACUCCACUGUCUUUCAACGGUUACUUUGUUCGAGAUGAUCGAAGAAUCUAUCAAAGCUUCAAUACUGCACCAAGUACAUUUGGACCAUUCUUCUACAUGUUCUUGACUCCUGAUCGUCUCAUUGAAGGUCAAGCUGGAGUUUUGAGUUUCUAUACACCAAACUCUGGACAAUUAACAAGAACUCCUUUCAUUUAUUUGACUGAAUUUCCAGAUGUUUUUCAAAGAAUCCAAUUGUGUCCAGUUUAUGAUGUUUACAAUUAUGGCAUGUAUUUACAAGUGACUCAAUUCUGGGGAAAUACUGAACUAGGAAGAACUCAAAUGCGUUAUCUCUGGUAUCUUAAUUUCGGAGGAGGACAGAAUAACACCAACCAACCUACAUCGAUCAAUUCGACACGUUCAUUCGUGACUACUGCAACGACCAACACGAAUGCUAAUGACCUUCCUAAUGCUGUUUUGGCUCCUGCAAGCAGCCUUCCAAAACCUGAAGACCUCGAUUUGGAAAAUCCAUUUCAUCCACAAGGAGUGACUGUCAAAGACAUCAUUCGAGUUCGUUUGGAUGACAAGACAGGAGAAUGGUGUUGUGAGAAUGAAGAACAUUUAGAACAUUUUGAAACUCACAUUAAACCCAAGUUAGUGGUUCCAAAGGAUCAAGUUCCUCAAUACCUAAGUAAUCGAAUGAGUGAUGAGGAGAUUAAAAAGUUCAAAAAGAAGUGGUUAGCUGAACAAGAGAAGAAGAAUCACAAGAAUGAAAAAGAGCAUGAGAAGGAGGAUGACAAGCAUGCUCUGCAUGUUGAAAAAAAGGAUGGCAGGCACGACAAGAAGCACAACGACGACAAGAAACAUGAAGAAAUCUCCUCUGAACAAGAUUCAGCCAGAAUCGUCACCACUGAAGCAUCGAUGAACACCAUUAACACAGCUACCGCCAACAACCCAUUUACUUCAUUGUUUAAUUAUUAUCCUGAUCCUUCCAAUUGGCUCAUGCCAGAUUAUUAUCAGGAGAAUUCUGGAAAGAAAUGGCAAAUUUAUGACGUUUGGUACACUGGAUUCAAACUUCAGAAUACCGCCGCAGGAGAUAAACGAACUGCCACUGCUGCUUGGGAAUGGGACAGCAAUAAGGGAAAAUAUAUCAUUUACUUCAAAUUCUUUGAUCCAACUGGAAAUAUUUUGCAAGCCUUGUUGAGAGGAUCUAGUGAUGACAUGUUUAAUGUGAAACUGGAGAAUGGUGACACUUUUGCUGGUGGAUUCAAUCCUUAUAAUUGGGAGCCUUAA